CAGUUAUCCAUAUAUAGCUAGCUGUCACCGCUCCACAAUUUGAGAGAAACUACAUCGAACUGUUGGAAAUUUAGGAGACUGAUUUACUGAGCUGAUGAUGGAUGGGGAGACUUCAAAACGUGGAAAACUACCGGAAACGUCUGAAGUAGUAGAAGAAGUCAGUUCGGCACCGAGAACCGCGAGGAAAACCGAGCCAAGUACGGCACAAGACGAGACGGAGGCUCAGAGGCAAAGACAACGUUUGCUAGUAUCACGACACUGUAAAAAGCGGUUGGAGUUUGCUUUUCUGGUGGCAAUGAUUGUGAUUGUGUGGGGUCUCUUUUCACUACCGAUCGUGUUUUACUAUAGCUCCUCGUCAGAGAUUAGGACAGAUAAUACAACACUCUUUCUCAAUGUGUCUGCUAAGGACAACAUGACAGAUGAGUGCCACAUUGAAUACACCGGAACUCAGUGCAUGUGUGCACUACAGUCGUAUGCAGAAUGUGAAUCUUCUGAAAUUGAAACCAAAGUGUUUAUCAGUAACACUAUUGGAGAUCAAAAGGCUGUUGAAAACAUGGUUGAGGAUGUAGUAUAUUUUCUCGGCCUAAUAACACCAAGCGAUGAGUGUAGAAGUGCAGCAAUUCAGUUUUUCUGUCUUUACUUUUUCGGACUCUGCGGCACAUACAAUACUGACUAUCGACCGACUGCAGCAGAGUGUAGGGAGGUUAGAGAUUCCACCUGCCAAUCAGAGUGGAAAGAAGCUGAACGUUUACUAAAAUUAUACGGGCUAUCAAUUGAGCUACCCAAGUGUUCAAGUCUUGAGGAUGAAGGACUUGAUUGUGAUGAAGCAGUCAGUCCUAACUACACUGUUGAGCUAUGCAAUGGUACUGAUACAGUCAACUCAUCCUGCAUGUUGGAGUGUCACGAGCAUUUCUACUGUGACAACAACUUCUGCAAGCCACGAUGUGACGGAUUCACAAUCUACUCUGACGAAUACGUAAAGCUCUCUGAUGGACUCUUGAUCACAUCUGGAUGUGUCGGACUGCUGUGUGGAAUUGCAGUAGUUGUUGUAUUUUGCAUCCGACGCAAGAAACUGAUGAUGUUUCCAACAACUCUGGUCUUCUACAUGACCAUCUCCCUCCUCAUUUUAGAAAUUUUCGUUUUAGUUUCCUUUUUGGAUCGAACAGCACUCUUCUGUGGUUCUCCAGACCUGGCAGAGAGUCUACGAACCCCAACAACUUUCUGCACAACAAGUGGUACAGUUCACAAGUGGUUUUGUGUUAUACAUGGUUCAACAUAACGUUAUGUAUCAGUGUUACAUGAAAGGUGAAUGGGUUAGCUUAGCAGAACUGGAGGGGGUUCCACUAUCACAUGCAUGUGAAAGCUACGAGGUACAAAGGCAAAAAGGCACAACAAACAGGUAAACUUCACCUAAGACAGCUCUUUUUCUCCAAGGAGAGAAGAGCUGCCCUAGAUGGGAUUCGAACCCACGACAGUCUGAAGUCUAGGCGAGCGCUCUACCAACUGAGCUACCAGGGCAUCUCAGCUGGUAGGGGUUCGAAUUUACAACAAAAUACAAUAACAAGGCAAACCUCAAACUACUGUGCUAUGGCAUAUACGGCACUGACAAAAAGCAUAGUACUAUUGUACUAUGCAUGUCAUGUAAGGUGUUUGGCUGUGUUUAAGUGGAAGAUCCAUACACUAUCAGUGGUGAACUGACAGAAAAUGUAGAAGAUUAAUGUUUGUUAUUGUGUUUCAGGCAUAAUAGAGGCAUAUGGCAUCCUUAAUGUCACUCUGUGGUGGAUAUUCAACAUCUGUGCAAUAUUCUGGAAAGUGCAGUUCCCAUUUCACGCCAGAUAUUAUGACCAGACUAAUAGAACCAAAUAUGUUCACAUCACAUGUGUGGUUGCAGCCAUUAUACUUCCUCUCUACGCUCCUCUUGCCAUUGCCCUCAAGGGAGGAUUCAUCCCCAGCAGAUUUCCUCCUAUCAUUUGCCUUGGAAGAGAAGUUGAUGCAAACUUUUACGCUGUGUUAGCUCCAAUAACAAUACUGCUUGGUAUAGGAACAACAAUGUUGCUGUUGAUACUCUGGAGAAUUAGACAGGUAACUAGGCACACGCAGAUACAUUAUUUAUCUCAAUGUCACAUCGUGGAAAACAGGGGAAGAUGCCUAGUCAAACCCAUCCCCACUUUUAGCUUGUAUCCUUCUUACGAAAGCAAAUUCUUAA